AUGGUGCUCUGGUCCCCAGGAGUCCACUUGGGUCGAAGCCGCAUAAAGUAUCCGCAGAACGAUGGGAACGAAGAAUUCCAGGGCUACACCCGGAGGGGUUUCGUGCGCGCACAGCUAGUCAAUCUUCACGACAGGCCGGAAAUCGGUGCCCAGAGCCGUGCGCCAGAGGUUGUCCUGGAAACUGGCUGGGGAGAGCAGAUCCUGCUGCACACAAGGCCUGGCCACUCCUCCCCCACCAUACUGGCCCUCCAUGGAAGCCUUGAUGCAGUGAGCUGGGCCCCAGGACGUCCCAGCCACCCUGACACACCACCCAACAUCUAUGAGGGAGGGCUGGGGGCCCAGCAGCAGCAGGGCCCUGGUGCCCAGGGAAGCAAGCCCAAGAACUUCCGAUUGCGUCACCUCCGGAGCCUGGCUCUCUACCUGCCAGGCCACAUGCAGCCCGCUGGCCAAUGUGGAAGCCACUGGCUAGGCCGGCUCAUGGCUGGGGGCAGCCUGCCACGGCCAGAAGGCUCGGCCUGGCCCCUGGACCUGCCACAGAGGACCCUGGGUCCAGGUAACAGCCAUUGCUCAGCCCUUCUGGAAGCCCAACUGCCCAGGGACAGCCUGGGAAAUACAGCUUCCAGUUCCAGCAUGGACCCAGCCAAGGGUGUCCCCUCCCAGUCUGGUCCCCCUGAGGGCUUGGGACUCAGGCCCAAGAGGUCCUGGAGAGCCUUGGAGGAGACCAUGUGUCCCUUGUGCAAGAGAACCCGCUCUGGGCCCUUGGAGAGGACAUAAGGAGCCAAAGUGCCAGGGCUGGGGACAGUAGGGGAAGGAUGGCCGAAGAGGAGGAGGCCAGGUUUACUGAGGAAGGGCUCAGUCCCAGCAGCAGCCCUCCCCACUGAGAUGGCCCCCAUAGUUGCCCAGCACCAGACCAGGGCUAGUCUGGGGAAAGUAUGAGGAGGGAGGGAGGAGGAAAUGGAGGGACAGAAGAAAUGGAAGCAUGCCCGUGCCCUUGCAGCCUUCCCAAACUCCGGUCAGCCACUUGUACCUGGGAAGCCAGGCCGAGCAGAGAAUCGGGUUCCUGAGAGGCCAGGGAGUCCUCAGGUAUAAUCUCAGUAAAAGCCACGGCCUGCA